AAUGCCUGCGACACCGCAAACGAGUGAGAAGGACGCGGAGAGAGCCGCAAUCACGGUUCUAAUGUCUAAAAAGCCAAAAGAUUCUACCAAUAACCCAGAGCUAUCGCGAGACAGAACAAAGUUCCCCCGAGCCUUCCAGAGUCGAGAUGCACUGGGCGCCUAUAUCGAGAGACCAGAAUCUUCGCCGGGAAUCGUGUAUCAUACUGACGACUUCGUCGCGAUAAGUGAUCUCUAUCCGAAAGCUAGCAUUCAUCUUCUUCUCUUGCCGAGGGAUCCAUCGAAAUAUCGCCUCCACCCGUUCGAUGCAUUUGAAGACCAUGAAUUUUUGACAAAAGUCCAGACAGAAGCCCAAAAGCUUCGGAAGAUAGCAGCAUCAGAACUGCGGCGUCGUUAUGGCAAAUAUUCUGUGUCGGAAAAGGCUCGCUCGGAAGCCAUGGAUGCCGAUCCCGCUCCCGACGAGCUACCCCCCGGGCGGGACUGGGAGAAAGAGUUAAUGUGCGGCGUGCAUGCUCACCCAUCGAUGAACCACUUGCACGUCCACAUCAUCUCCAAGGAUAGAUGUAGCCCGUGCCUGAAGCACAGAAAGCACUACAACAGUUUCUCCACACCUUUUUUUGUUCCCAUAGAUGAUCUGCCACUCGACCACCACGACGCCAGGAGACACCCCGGAAGAGAAGGCUAUCUCCAGCAAGACUUAAAAUGUUGGAGAUGUGGAUCCAACUUCGGAAACAAAUUUGCGUUACUUAAGGAUCACCUCAAUCAAGAAUUCGAAACAUGGAAGUGCUAUUAG